AUGAUCAGCAGCACCAUGCUGAUGGAGAAUCCAGGAAGGGAAACUGAAGGCAGCGGAUCCCCAGCCUGUGAGCCCUGCGCCCAGACCAAGGCUGUGGUGGACGGAGGCGCUAUCCCAGCGUUCAUUUCUCUGUUGGCCUCUCCCCACGCGCACAUCAGUGAGCAAGCUGUGUGGGCUCUAGGAAACAUCGCAGGGGAUGGUUCAGUUUUCCGGGACCUAGUUAUCAAGUAUGGAGCAAUUGACCCGCUGUUGGCUCUCCUUGCAGUUCCUGAUAUGUCAUCGUUAGCAUGUGGUUACUUACGUAACCUUACCUGGACACUUUCAAACCUCUGCCGCAACAAGAAUCCCGCACCCCCGCUAGAUGCUGUUGAGCAAAUUCUUCCUACUUUAGUUCGUCUUCUGCAUCACGAUGAUCCCGAAGUAUUAGCAGAUACCUGCCGGGCCAUUUCCUACCUUACUGAUGGUUCAAAUGAACGGAUUGAAAUGGUUGUGAAAACAGGAGUUGUUCCCCAACGUGUGAAGCUUCUAGGAGCUACCGAAUUGCCCAUUGUGACCCCUGCCCUAAGAGCCAUAGGUAAUAUUGUCACUGGGAAAGAUGAACAGACCCAGGUUGUGAUUGAUGCUGGAGUACUCGCCGUCUUCCCCAGCCUUCUAACCAACUCCAAAACAAAUAUUCAGAAGGAAGCUACGCGGACCAUGUCCAACAUCGCUGCCGGUCGGCAGGACCAGAUCCAGUAGGUUGUGAAUCACGGGUUAGUCCCGUUGCUCGUUGGCGUGCUCUCUAAGGCUGACUUUAAGACGCAGAAGGAGGCUGUGUGGGCUGUGACCAACUACACAAGCGGCGGAACAGUGGAGCAGAUUGUAUACCUCGUCCACUGUGGCAUCAUAGAACCGCUGAUGAACCUCUUAACUGCAAAAGAUACCAAAAUUAUUCUGGUUAUUUUGGAUGUCAUUUCAAAUAUUUUCCAGGCUGCUGAGAAGCUAGGAGAAACCGAGAAACUUAGUAUAAUGAUCGAAGAAUGUGGAGGCCUGGAUAAAAUUGAAGCCCUACAAAACCAUGAAAACGAGUCUGUGUACAAGUCUUCAUUAAACUUGAUUGAGAAGUAUUUCUCUGUAGAGCCGUGGGAGUUUGCCCGCUUCCUAGUCACCAUCAAAGCACGGAACCUGAAGAAAGAGUGCACACAUCCUCCGGGUGCUGCCCCUGAGCGAUCCCUAAAGGAGAGGCAGGAGAGCCAGGUCCCAUUCAGUAAAGCUCUUCUGAGCACUACCUGGUAUUGCUCUAGUCCUGACAAGGAACCGAGGCCAGACCUCUGCAUUAUUAGUCUUGGCAAGAGACCACACUUCAGGUGCUGCUACCGCAAGGUCGCACUGACCCAGGAAAUAGCAGAUAAAGGCCUAAUGCGCUGGGCAGAGAAGUACUUCAGGUCCUCUCAUACAAUCCCAGAACGAAGCAUGAACAUCUUGACGGUAUGUGAACGCUUCACGUGCUGCUAA